AUGGGAAACUAAUGUGGAUGUAGCAAAAAUGAAGAUCCAGAGGUUGCAGCAAGAAGACUAAGAAAUCUCAUUAGAAUAUAAGCUAUUGCAAGAUCUUAUAUCGCUAGAAGAAAACUUCAUGAGUUAAGAAUGCAGCAAUUCGCUCAAAUAUUCACCGGAGAUAGAACGAAUCAUUAAAAUGCUGAGACGUGGAUGCUUACUCAAAGAAUCGGCCCAUUCGAUUAUAAGAAUUAUAUAGCUAAAGAUGGACAAGGUAGAAUUUUCUUCCCUCAAUUCGUGAAAAUGGAGGAUGGAAGAACCUUUAAAGGUCAAUGGUUGAAGAGAGUGAGUCAUAAAGAUGGAUUAGGUAUAAUGUUCUGGCCAGAUGGAACUAAGUAUGAAGGUUAAUUCGCUAGCGAUAGAUAAAACGGCUUUGGGAGAAAAAUUUUCUCUAAUGGAGAAUUCUAUAUCGGUAAUUUCCAAAAUGACAAGGCGAACGGCUUCGGAGUAUUUUAAGAUUUAAAUGGUGGAAAGUAUGAGGGAAUGUGGAGAGAUGAUAAAUAACAUGGAUAAGGAAAAGAGAUCUGGAACAACGGAGCAGAGACCUAUGAGGGUGAGUUUGUAGAAGGAAAGAAAAACGGCAAAGGCAAAUUCUCAUGGAGUGAUGGAUCAUAUUAUGAGGGAGACUUUGUUGAUGGGCUGUUUGAAGGCUACGGAACAUAUUACUUUAAGGAGAGUGAUAAAACUUUUUCAGGGCAAUUCCAUGAUGGCAAAAUAGAUGGUGAAGGCGAGAUGAAAUGGGGUGAUGGUCGUGAAUACUGGGGUCAGUUUAAGGACGGAAAAGAAGAUGGAGAGGGCACAUACAGAUAUCCAAAUGGAAACCUAUACAUUGGGAAAUUCAAAGAUGGAAAGAUGUAAGGUUUCGCUAUUUUCAUUGAUGUUGAGAAACAGACAAAGAGACAUGGUGAGUGGAAAGAAGGUAAAAGAACUCAGUGGCUUAGUAGUCCAGAAGCAAUUAGCACUGACGGUUCUCCAAUAAAAAGGCUUUCCCAUAUCACUCAAUUACAUACUACUUAGUGA